AUGAAUGCUCGGGAGAAGCGGAGUGUUGACGACAGUAACGGGGAUGACAGUAACGGGGAUGACAGCUACGACGAUUAUAGCGGGGAUGGAGGUGACUAUAACAGCGAUUCCUCUGGAGACGGAGGGGACGAGUACAGUGAUGGAGAUUCUAGCGACGACGACUAUAGCGAGGGCGACGGUAGCGAGGGUGACUAUAACGAAGGCGACUACCCAGAUGACGGAAGCACGGAGGGAGAUGGGGACCGGAGGCAAAGGGGUUCAUCCAACGGCUCAGGAACAAGCAGGCGGAAGAAAGGACGGAGGGGAUCGAGCCGUAAAGGGAAGCACGGAAAGAAGGGGAAGCACGGGAAGAAAAAGGGCGACUCGUCGCCGCCAAUCGCGAGCGAUCCGGCCGCCAACUUACCUCCCGUUACAAUCGUUCCCCCGUUCACGGUCAAAACCCCCCCGGUAAUAUCAUUCCCGCCGAAGAUCACCAAUCCGAAACCGGUUGACCCGUCACCAGCACCCCCAGUGGGCCCUCUCAUACCCGAUAAUGUCAACCCGUUACCAUUCGAUCUCAUCCCCGUUCCGCAACGAACAACCACCGACUCGUUUACGCUAAACCCUUUUAAAGGCAGAGUCGCGAGUUUCCCAUUAGAGCCCAGUCGAAAGGACCCAAAAGCGAGCUUGAUAAAAAAGCCAAAACCGCCAGUGGCAAAGCCGAAAGUGCCGGCUCUCCCGCCCAAACCGAAGGUGCCGACGCUGCCGCCCGCACCGACACCGAAGGUGCAGAUUCCGCCAACGACGCCGCCGAAUGCGGGAGCAGUGGACCCGUCCGAUCCGAACAACCCGUUUGCGAGUCCGUUUGACCCGCCGCCCGGCGCGAAUGGCCCGUUGACUCCGACUGACCCGAUUGACCCGCUGAAUCCGCCGUCGCCGUCGCCGCCGGUGGUUGCUCCCAAGCCUUCCCCGCCUCCUGAUGAUGGUGCCGGCAUUCCCAACACCACCGUCCCGCAAAUGCUCCCCGAUUCCUACAACGCCUCAGCCAUCAUCAAGCCGAAAACCACCACCACCACAACCGCCCCUCCCUCUCCCCCGAACGACUCGGGAGUCAACACUCUGAUGGUCGUGCUCAUGGUGACGAUUCCCCUGGGAGCAGCUGCGGUGAUUACAAUGGGUAUGCUGGGGUGGAGUCAGUACAAGAAAUGGAGCAUGAACGCCCAAGGCCCUGCCACUGCCGGGGGACCAGGGGGUGGGGGCGGUGGGCUUGGUGGCGGGGGGUAUGAGACUCUGCGAGGGGGGCCGUUCAACCACUGA